AUGCGGCCCAGGCCAGGUCGGCCAUGUAUAAUCGCUGACUGGAUCAGACUCGAGGGUGUUGUGGACCAAAUCAGCCAUGCGCUGGGUCCACCCCUCUGCCUCGAGGCCCUCAGGUAAUUGAGUCCCCUCACGUGAAAACACCUCCGGCAAAUAAUUCAUGCACCAGGAAAUCUGAAGCCGAAGCUUCCAGAAGGGGCACGGAUUACACUUAGGGAUGUAGAGUAAACUUGGGGAUUAAGAGUUUCAAACAGGCAGAAACGGGGCAGAUUGGGACGGCAUGCAUUAUUCAAAUAUCGAGAGUAUACACCUUUCUAUGGGGACCUCUAAUCCGAUUUGUUUCGUCUAGAGUCAUAAUCUUCCCAAUUCGUUAUAAUAAUUGAUUACGUCUCCAAUCGCAUCAACGAAGACGUAUAAAAUAAUAAACCGCUUAAGGAUGCUCUUCAAAGUACUAAAAGAACUGUAAAUUCAUUUACAAAAGCGAGAUGACAGCGUUCCGUGAACAUAAAGCUAAUUAAAGUAAUCAGAUUUCGGAUUCAAAGCGGCGCAAUACCUGUGUUAUUUAACGGCAAAAACAGAAACAAAAUGCAUUACUCUAAUGGAUGACACAACUAGGGCAAGCUCCUGCUCACAAUCUCGUAUUUAUUAGGGUGGUCCAAAAGUCUUUUCGUUUUUUUUGUUAAAACUUUAAACAUAAUUUUACAACAAACGAAAACUAGUUAAGUUUCGAAGUAAAGGCCGUUUGAAUCUAUGGCUUGAACCCAUCUAUCGGCAAGUUGUGCGAUCCCGCUGCGGUACCGCUCCUUGUUCAUAGAGGCGAAAAACUCGCGGCACCCGUUUUCGACAUCGUCCAGAUCAUUGAGGCUACGACCACGCAGAAAGUGUGCCAUGGAGCGAAAAAGGUGAUAGUCGUGUGACACAAUGUGCAGACUAUUCGCUGGAUCUGGAAGAAGUUCAAUGGCGUCGAGAGUUUUGGUUUUUUCCUUCGUUUGUUUGGCGGUGCGAGGUUUUGCGUUGCCUUGUUGCAGGGGUACGCGGGUUUGAUUGAUCAAAGCGGGAUAUUUUUUGCCAAUCGCUGCAUACAUUCGAUCGAGUGGAGUGUAGUAGAGGUCUGCGUCGCUAGUCCGACCAUUUGGCACGAAGUCGAAGUGAAUUACGCCUUCAAAAUUGCUUUUUAAGACGUCUUGCCCUCGAGGUCCGUGUCGCCGUCGUUGAAUCGUUUGAACCAAUCGCGCAGUACGAUCUGAGACCACAUUGUAGCCUUCAACUUCGCUUAUCUUCUUUGCUGCUGCAGUUGCGUUGAAGCCUUGUUUUCGGUAAUAACGUAAAAAAACACGAAUUUCGGAUUUUUCCAUGUUUUUUCUACAGCUUAAAAGAUUUUAAAUAAAAGACCAAUUAAAAUUUUUAAAGGACCACAAAAGGUAUUUUUUGAACCGAAAUUUGCUCGGCUAAAAAAUUGACUAUCAGGGAUUUUCGCGUCGAGAAAAUUCCGAAGAACAAAUGUUCUCGAUUUUUUUCGGAUAAGGAGAUUUCCGGAGUUUUUGUUCUGACCUCCCUGCAGGCAUUCCUGGACAUCGGCUGGCAAUGUGAUUCGAUAAAAUGGAGGAUCAUCCCUGAUUCUGCAGUCUCAAUUUGGACCUCCACCUCGAAAAGUAAGUUAAUAUUUUAGUGUUUUUGGCUAUUUUAGGUAAUUUUUAAGGCGGUGAAGCACGAAAAUGAGUUUAGUUCCAAAAUUAGCCACCCAGGAGUGCUGGUGGUCGAGUUUUUGGGAACAUCGAGUCAAAAAUUUGGACCAGGAUACCUAGUAUAAUAUCGUUUUUUCCAGGUAUUGAAUCCAGAUGCAGCCAGACGGCUCAAAGUUGCGCUACGAGGGCACACUAA